AUGUCCAAACGUAAGCCCCUUUCGGCUGAAGAAAAACAAACCAAACUAUUGGAAUUGUUCCACGAAACCAAUGAUGUUUUCCAGCUAAAAGAUUUGGAACGUAUUGCCCCGAAAGAGAAGGGUGUUGUCAUGCAAUCGGUUAAGGGUAUACUCCAAGAAUUGGUCAACAAUGGCCUGGUGGAAUGUGAAAAAAUUGCUGGCAGUUUUUAUUAUUGGUCGUUUCCAAGUGAAAACCUGAAAAAACUCCAACGCGAAUUGGAGGAUGUGGAGUUGAAAACUUCUCAAAUACAAAAACGUAUUGAUGAGCUGCAGGCGAAAUUGCAAGAGGCCAAUGGUGCAUUAGAUGAUCAGGAAAGUAUAGAGGCAUUAACAAAAGAAAUCCAUAUUCUGCAAGAGGAAAAGGACAAUUUAGCGAAGCAGGAAGCGAAAUAUAGCAGCAAUAUUAACUAUGAGGAGGUUCGACAAAAGGACACAGAUGCAAAGCACAUUACUUUAAACACACUAACAAACCAUAUGUAUCUAAUCCCCUAUCCUCCACAUUUCGUCCAUCCCAUCUUGUACACUCUCUCCCAGAAAAUUCUCGAAGCUGCCAAUCGUUGGACGGAUAAUAUUUACAUGAUUAAAACCUGGUGUAAACGUAAAUUUGACAAGGAAGAUCGUGAAUUGAAUAAGGCCUUUGGUAUACCGGAUGAUUUGGACUAUGUGGAUAUGAAAUGA